CCUCGCAACACCAGACGGCCUCUCGCUCAAUUGCAUCAAACGUUCCAGAGUCUUUGCCAACGAUCUUAUUACACAUUUCUCGUCUGCGCAUCGAGGCUUGCGAGAUCAGUCUCGCGUCGUAGGUCCCAUCGUCCCGGCCGACUGGUACAGCCGCGUCCGAUACCCUCAGCCCGAGUGAUUCUGCCCAGCCGGCCUCGUGUCUCGGUGACCGCCGGUUCAGCCGACCAGCCCAGUCCAAUGAGGCAAGAGACGGCAAGUCCUGUCGCCUCUACUCAUCUCGUCUGUAGCUCGGGCAAGUGUGAACAAGCCGGUCGGCGUCACUUGGUUUCUGUCGCCCGGUCACCCAAUCGGCCCAGGUCUGGCCAGCCAACCAGCCGACCAGCCAACCCGUAG